GAUUUUAUAAUUCUCAAUGAUGAUUAUGAAACGCUCGUCGGCUUGUUUAACCGAGAACACACCGAUAAUAUAUAGAUCCUCAAAGCUCUACUUUGUUGGAACCAGAUCCGAUCCACAUCGAUCUAUAAUUGUUCUACCAAGGCACAGGAAGAAUUGAACAAGUUGAGCGGCAAAUAUGUGUUGCUAUACUUUUCAAAUCUAAAGCCUCUCUCCGAAGAGAAAAUCUCCAUUCUCCCUAAGAAGGAUGUCAAAAAAUCGACUAAGUAUGAGAUCGUGUGGGUUCCUAUUGUGGACGAAUCAACCUCAUGGAACGAAGAGAUUAAAAAGAAGUUCAAGAUUAUGCAAGAUUCAAUGACAUGGUACUCCAUUAAUGACCCUUGGAAGCUUAACAAAGCAGUCAUCAAGUACACCAAGGAGGUGUGGAAGUUCGAGAAGGAGUCAGAAUUUGUGGUUCUCAACCCAAAAGGCGAGUUUGUGAUAUCUGCUGCCGUCAACCUCUUCUGGUUUUUGGAACGGUCGGGUUUUCAAGUAGAUUACUGGAAGACGAUUCAACUGUUGCAAGAAACAAUGGGAUCAAUAGUCAAUGAAUGGAUUAAGGAUAAAAAUAAUAUUAUCCUGUUUGGAGGGAAAGACGUGCAGUGGAUUAAGAAUUUUGUAGGCGAAGUUCGAAAAGUUGAGAAGGAUACCGGAAUAGACUUCGUCAUGAUGUAUGCCGGAAAAAGGGACUUGAAGCUGGCAGAUCACCAAAACAUUUUGGAUCAGUUACAGAAAGACGACAACACUAUCACAGUAUGUGGAUUCGAAGACCAACAGCGUUUCUGGGCUACCCUGCAAAGCAUAUGGCUAACUAAGACAAAGACUGGUAAAUCUAUCGUAGAUUCUAGUACAAUGAAUGACAUUGUCACACUUUUGAGCCUUGAUGGAAGUGGUGAAGGAUGGGCUGCGAUUUGCCGUGGUUCAAGCCCCGAAAUGGCCAAAGCCCGAGGUAAGACCAUUCUAGAUAUAUUGAAGAAGUAUAACGAAUGGGAAGAUCGUGCUAAAGAGGAUGGUUUCAUAAAUGCACUGGUUCCGGAGAUUAUAGGGCUUAAGCCCCCUGAAGGUGACCAUGAAUGUUGCCACCUAGAGGUUGCAGCCACGACGGGGAGCACCCCUCAGAAGGUGAAAUGCGACCUUUGUGACCGUGUUAUGAAGACCUUCAUUACUUAUCGUUGUUGCGGUGAUCACUAAUUAAGCUACAACUAUUCCACUUUGGUGAUGGACCCAUUAGAAACAAGUCCAGUUUGUGAACGACUUUGCUCUGUGAAGUUUGUUCAUCGACUGCCACUUAUGUAUUAAAUAAAUAAAUGGGUCUUUGUUCUCGUGUUCUAUCUAAAUAGCGCACUAUUCACUCUAUAGAUGCGCUAUUGACGUGUUGUAAAAAACUUAAAUAUGUUACGAGUUCUCGUGUAAAAAUAAUAUUGUUAA